AUGGUGGAGAAUUUGCUUCCUUCUCGAUUCCAAUCUCAUCUUCAGAGACUUGACCCUAAGCGUCGUCUUUCUUCUCUCCUUGCUUCCCACAAGACACUCUUCUUCACCUUUCUCUGGAUCGCCGCCUUCGGUUCCGUUUUCAUAUGGCAACGAACGGCUUACGUCGCCGGAUCCGUCGCUGGUCCCGUCGGUGUAAAGUUCACGAUUUUCGGCAGGAUCAAACCGACUCAGCCACUGCCUCGACUGAGACCGGUGGUGUUCGAUUUGAAGGAUUUCGGAGGUGUUGGAGAUGGGUUUACGCCUAACACGGAGGCGUUCGAGAGAGCGGUGACUUCGAUCUCGAAGCUCAGCGGCGGAGGACAGCUGAAUGUCCCGCCUGGACGGUGGCUUACGGCGCCGUUUAAUCUCACCAGCCACAUGACUCUUUUUCUCGCUGAGGAUUCAGAGAUUCUUGGUGUUGAGGAUGAGAAGUAUUGGCCUUUAAUGCCACCAUUGCCUUCGUAUGGAUAUGGUAGAGAGCGACCGGGACCUCGUUAUGGGAGCUUAAUCCAUGGUCAAAACCUCAAAGACAUUGUGAUAACCGGUCAUAAUGGAACAAUAAACGGACAAGGACAAUCGUGGUGGAAGAAGCAUCAAAGAAGACUUCUCAACAAUACAAGAGGACCUUUAGUUCAAAUAAUGUGGUCGAGUGACAUUGUUAUCGCUAACAUUACACUGCGUGACUCACCCUUUUGGACUCUUCAUCCAUAUGACUGCAAAAACGUAACAAUCAAAAAUGUCACCAUCUUAGCUCCUGUUACCGGAGCACCAAACACUGAUGGAAUUGAUCCGGAUUCAUGUGAGGAUAUGGUAAUUGAGGACUGCUACAUUAGCACCGGGGAUGAUGCCAUUGCGAUAAAGAGUGGAUGGGAUCAGUUUGGCAUUGCAUAUGGACGACCUUCAACAAAUAUUCUCAUCCGUAAUCUCGUAGUUCGUUCUGUUAUCAGUGCCGGUGUAUCAAUUGGAAGCGAAAUGUCGGGCGGGAUAUCGAAUGUGACGAUCGAGAACCUUCUGAUCUGGAACUCACGCCGUGGAAUCAGAAUCAAAACAGCUCCAGGAAGAGGAGGUUACAUCAGAAACAUAACAUACAAAAACCUAACACUAGACAAUGUUCGAGUAGGGAUCGUGAUCAAAACAGAUUACAACGAGCACGCAGACGAUAAUUUCGAUCGGAAAGCGUAUCCAACGCUUUCUGGAUUCAGCUUCACGGGAAUCCACGGACAAGGAGUGCGGGUGCCGGUCCGAAUACACGGCAGCGAACAGAUUCCAGUGAGGAAUGUGACGUUUCGGGACAUGUCCGUUGGGUUAACAUACAAGAAGAAGCAUAUAUUUCAGUGUUCGUUCGUGAAAGGACGAGUCUUUGGGUCGAUAUUUCCUCGACCGUGCGAGAAUUUUGAUGUUUACGACGAGGAAGGUCGUCUUGUUAAGCCUGCGGCUGAAUCCAAUGUCACGGACAUUGAUUACGACAUUUGA